AUGUUCCGUCGUGCAAUUGAUGCAGCAGUUCGACAAGCGCAAUAUGACGAUUACUCAAUCGUCACGGCAGUAUUCAAAAAAUAUGAAGACGUUGAAGAAAUCCUCGAAGAGGUCGAUGCUUUAGAAGAGGAUGGUUCUAACUGGACCUCGUGGAUGGCUCACAUUGGGAGGGCGAUUGAAUAUAUCACAGGGGUGGAGGACUACCUGGUUUCAAAGCAUCCACAAAUUCACUCAGCCGUUGGCCUCGUAAUAGAUAGAUGUGCACUCGAUGUGAUACGUCGCACCUUGCCUUCCACUCUCAAUGACGAAAUUUCAACGUGUACAAAGGCUCACCCUGCCAAAUUUCGACUGCGUCGUCACUUGAAUCUUGAAGUACCUGGAAACCAACCAAGAUCCCGUAUCAAUACGCACUGUUGCAUGAUAAAUCUCAGUGAACUGGGGCAAGAGGAUCAAGUUACCACUGGCCUUGACACUCCUGGCGUAUUGAUCGCGGGUCAAUACGAUCUCUCGCAUUCCAUAGAAAGGUACUAG